AAUGAUUAGUUCUAUUGUGUUUAUUAAUCACAAGGGAGAAAUUCUUAUAUAUAGAGUUUAUAAGGAUGACAUAACAAGAAGUGAGACUACACAAUUCUGUGCUAAAAUUGUGGCCACUAAAGAAAAUAAAGAAUGCCCAAUUAUCAAUAUUGAUGGUAAAUAAAUAAUAUUUAAAAAAUUUAGGAACAUCAUUUAUCCAUAUUACUAUUAAAGACAUUGUAGUUUUAGCCACAACAAAAGUAAAUGUAAAUGUAGCUAUGACCUUACAAUUUCUUUAUUAAUUAGUACCAUUAAAAUAUUAAUAUCUAGGUUAAAGUAUGCAGAGCUUAUUUUGGUGGAGAGUUUGAUGAAAAUUGUAUUAAAAAACAUUUUGUACUUAUUUAUGAAAUUCUGGAUGAAGUAAUGGAUUAUGGUGUUCCUUAAAUAGCUGAUGCAGAUCUUUUGAAAAAAGUAUCCAACUUAUUACUAGAAUUUUAUAGUAUAUUUAAGAAGGAGGAUUAAAACCAGAGUUAAUGAAUGAUGUAGAGAAAUUAAAAUAAUUAACAUCAUAAGCAACAGGAGCCACUUCUUGGAGACCACCCAAUCUUGUAUAUAGAAAGAACGAAGUUUAUUUAGAUGUCAUAGAGAGUGUGAAUGUUUUGAUGUCUGUAAAAGGAACAAUUUUAAAAGCAGAUGUAGCUGGAUCAAUUUAAGUGAAAUGUUUAUUGUCUGGGAUGCCAGAAUGUAAAUUUGGAAUGAAUGAUAAAUUGUUAAUGUAGAGAGAGCCACGUAAACCUGGUCAAACAACAACAGAUAAAGGUAUAACAAUUGAUGAUCUAAAAUUCCAUCAAUGUGUGAAAUUACCAAAAUUUGAUAAAGAAAGAGCAAUAACAUUUAUUCCACCUGAUGGUCAAUUUGAGUUAAUGACUUAUAGAAUCACUGAAAAUAUAAAUUUACCUUUCAAAAUUAUGCCUGUGUAUAAUGAAUUAGGAAAAAAUAAAUUAGAGAUUAGAGUCAAAGUAUUUAAAUUUUAUAAUAUUUUUGUAAGAUUAAAUCAAUUUUUGAGAAGAAUCUAUUUGCUACAAACUUAGCUAUAAAAAUUCCAGUACCUAAAAAUACAGCAAAUGUUAAUACUAAUUCAGCUAUUGGGAAAGCAAAACAUGAACCAGAUUAAUAAGGAGUGAUUUGGAGAAUAAAGAAAUAUCCUGGAGAUUUUGAAGCUUUAUUACGUUGUGAAAUUGAUUUAGGUUAAACAACAAAUUAAUAACCUUGGAUUAAACCACCUAUUUCAAUGGAAUUUUAAGUUCCUAUGUUUACAGCAAGUGGAUUAAGAGUAAGAUUUUUAAGAAUUUAUGAAAAAGCAGGAUAUAAACCAACAAAAUGGAUUAGAUAUAUUACAAAAGCUGGUGAGUAUUUACAUAGAUUGUGAU